UAAAUCUGACAGAUCAAUGUCAAUGUCAGAGAGUCAGCAAAGUUUAAUCGAACUAAAAUUUUGUUGUUGUCUAACUUGAUAGGUAAAACUUUUUGAAAUAAUUAAUUAAUCAUCAUUUGUGUUAUCACUACGCUCAGCGAUCGACGUGUCCAGUUCACUUCAUCAUGGAUUUGUUUAAGAAAAACUGGUUUACCGAGUCCAGUGACAUGUGGCCAGGAGGCACCUUCUCAUUCGAAGUAAAGGAAGUGCUUCACUCAGAAAAAUCGGAAUUCCAAGACAUUUUGGUUUUGGACACUACUACUUUUGGAAGAGUUUUGGUAUUAGAUGGGAUUGUGCAGUGUUCUCAAAAGGAUGAAUUUUCAUAUCAGGAGAUGAUAUCAUUUCUUCCAUUGUUCUGCCAUAAGAACCCAGAGAAAGUACUUAUAGUUGGUGGUGGUGACGGCGGGGUGGCCAGGGAGGUCGCCAAGCAUCCUCAAGUCAAACACAUUGUCCAGGUGGAAAUUGAUGCAAAAGUCAUAGAAGUAUCAAAAAAAUACCUCCCAUUCAUGGCAGUGGGAUUCGAGAGUGAGAAGUUGAAGCUGCAUGUCGGUGACGGAUUUGAGUUCAUGAAGAACCACAGCAAUGAGUUUGACGUCAUCAUCACGGACAGCAGUGACCCAGUUGGUCCCGCCGUCAACUUAUUCCAGGAGAACUAUUUUGCAUUGAUGAAGAGCGCCCUCCGUCCGGGCGGCAUAGUCUGCUCGCAAGCCGGAACCAUCUGGAAUGAUCUGGACAUGGUCACCAGCACUCUUAAGUUCUGCAGGAACCAGUUUCCAGCAGCUGCUUACGCUAUAGCGUCUGUUCCAACAUACCCGUCGGGACAAAUAGGGUUUGUCAUUGGCUCUUUGGACAAGGACAUCAAGUUUGACACUCCUCAGAUGAAGUUGUCGAGUGAAGACGAGAAGAAAAUGAAUCUCAGAUACUACAACAGUGAUAUACAUAAAGCUGCAUUUGUUUUGCCGACUUUUGUCAAGAGCCACUUGGCCUAAUUCUGUUGCAUGUCUUAUGUGCAAAAGCUGGUAAAUGAUGAGUUUGUGAUUGUACUUAAAGAGUCCUCCCAUUUUUAUAACAGCAUAAUAUUUAAUAGAGGAAGAAUUUAUUUUAAUUCUGAGGGUACAACUUGCUCACAGAUAUCUUUUUGCCAAGGCUAGAUAUAUUUUAUAUUAGUGUUGACUUUUUACAUGUAUAUUUUCAUAAGUAUUUCACAUACUUACAAUAGAUAUAAGCUUUGAAAGACUUUUUACUAAAGUGCCUUAUUAAUCUUAUACAUUCCAUAAUCAUUCCGAAAUGAUGAACAUAUUUUGUCUAGUCUCAUAAUAUUGUUACUCAAUAAUAUUAACAAUGUUUUAAUAUUAUGUUGACUACAAAUAAAAUAAGAAGGCUGUUUUAUGACUUACACAUAGUUUAAAGAUGAAAAAAUUACAGCUUUUUAGGGUUGUUGAAUAUUUUGUACUUGAAUAUUUUAGUAAAUUUUUAAGAUAUUUCAAAUAUUAGUAUCAUUUAUUUUAUCGAUGAGAACAAUGCAAAGUAUGUUAUGAAUUUUAUGAAAAAUCUCGAUCCAUUAGCCAGAAUAGGAUAUAAAACACAUUGAUAUAGAAAGUGUUAAAAUAUAUUUUGUUUACCUAUACUUACUCGAUUAUUUUAUUGGUUUUUAAAUAAAAUAUUUUUAUUACAGUA